GGACACCGACUUGCAGCUUGUAGCGUUGAUGGUCAGCCUGUCUGCCUGCCUUGCCUGUUGGUGUCAGGGGCUGGGUUUCUCCUUUAUCCAAGAAGAGGAAAGAAACAAAAAACAUUACUUGUGACAAACAUGACGAGACAAAAACAGCGAUAAACCAACCCGCCAUGGCUAUAAGGGAGCUCAAAGUCUGUCUUUUAGGGGACACAGGAGUGGGUAAAUCCAGCAUUGUUUGCAGAUUUGUUCAAGAUCAUUUUGAUCACAACAUAAGCCCCACCAUAGGGGCAUCUUUCCUGACCAAGACUGUACCAUGUGGAAAUGAACUACAUAAAUUUCUGAUCUGGGACACAGCUGGACAAGAACGGUUUCACUCAUUAGCUCCUAUGUACUACAGGGGAUCAGCUGCUGCUGUCAUUGUUUACGACAUAACUAAACUGGAAUCUUUCCAGACACUGAAGAAGUGGGUGAAGGAGCUGAAGGAACACGGCCCAGAGGACAUUGUUGUAGCCAUAGCAGGAAACAAGAAUGAUUUAGGAGACAUCAGGGAAGUUCCUAUGAAGGAAGCGAAGGAGUUUGCUGAAUCAAUUGCAGCUAUUUUUAUUGAGACCAGCGCCAGAAAUGCGGUCAAUGUCGAGGAGCUCUUUCAGAAAAUCAGUAAACAGAUUCCACCCUUGCAAAAUGCUGAAGUGGAGAGCAAUGACUCCUUCAAACUCACCCGGCAGCCCAAUCCGACCACCAGGAGGUGCUGCUAGUACCCAUAAGCUUGUGAUGGUUUGAGGCUACCUUGCUGCUUCAGAACCUGGACGACUUGACGUAAUUGAUGGAACCAUGAAUUCUGCUCCCCACCUGAAAAUCCUGAAGGAGAAUGUCCGGGUUAAGCAGCACAACAUCGAUCCAAAGCCCUCCUCUAAGUCCACUUGUGAAUGGUUAAAAAAAAAACAAACGAAAUGAUGAUUUUGCAGUGGCCUAGUCAAACUUGGCAUAUAAAUCUGACAACAAUGCUGUGGCAACACCUUAAACAGGGUAUUCAUGCUAAAAAACCCUGGAAAGAGGACUGGGCCAACAUUCAUCCACAGCAAUGGAAAAGACUCAUUACCAGAGUCUUUCCCGUCGCUGUUUAUGGGUGCAAUUACUUUUCAGAAAGUGAUUAAAAAAAAUACAUUUUUUGUAGCUUAUUCACCUGAGCUGAGCUGAGUCUGAGAUCAGAAAGAAGGAACCAGCAAAGGCACCAUCAUGGAGUAAUGGCUUCUUAGUUUGAGCACCUGCUUUACCUGCACUGCCAAUGAAUUCAUCCAUAGUAAUAAUUUUAGUUUGAUUUAAAUAAACAUUAGCAGUUGCUAUUGA